CGGAAGUGCCGCGCGCUCACCUUUCCGUCAGCGCGCUGAGCUCGUGUUGGUUUCUGUUGGGUCCGCCCCUGUCCUCCCGAUGAAUUUCGCCCGUGCUCGUCCAACCGAAGGAGGAAAAGGAGCGCGGAGAGAGCAGGAGGCGCGUUAGCGAACAACAAACAGCAACGAGACUCACAAACCAACCAGCCGCGAGGCUGCAGUCGGAGCCGUGCCCACAGGUGGUUCUCCGCGGUCGGUGCGGCGCUCCGCAGAGGUCCCCUCCCGGUCUGUGGACGGAUAGUCAGCUUGGCUUCUCUUGAAGGAAACCCGCCUGCGUCGUCCACCCGCCAGUGUUGUGCCGUCGUCCAGGAUGUCUUCAAAGCCCCCCAGCUCCAACAGCGUCGUCCAUGCCCGCCGGAUAGUGCAGCAGCUCAGGGUGGAGGCGAGCUUCGAGAGGAUAAAGGUGUCCAAAGCCUGUGCAGACCUGAUGAACUACUGCAUGGAGAACGCCAGAAACGACCCUCUGCUCAUGGGCCUCCCAGCUUCAGACAACCCCUUCAAGGACAAAAAACCCUGCACUAUAUUGUAGUGGGCACCAUGUAGCCUUUGUGUGUUGUUUUUGGUUCUUAAUGUUGCUGUCCUCUUUUUGUUGGGGGUUGAGGGGUGGAUCGUAUUGUCAGCAUUAGUUAGAGACGGAAAGCCUCGGGCAGGGUGAGCCGUGAUGUCAUCAGGUGCAGUUUCUAGUGUCCCAGUCUGUCCUGGAUGUGAAUGGGGACUCUGAGGGGAGCGUCCAGUCCUUCGUCUGGACCCAGUCUUGUCUCCAGCGCGCAUCGACUGUUAUCUGUGUCUCUAAAUUUGCCUUAAGUGGAUCUAAGAAUCAACAUGUUUAUGCUGCCUUUAAGAGUGCGUUUGGUUCCGGCCACAACUGAACGUGGCACAUAGGAGGUUCAGAUCAGUAAACCCUGCAGAGCAGCUGAAGUAACCAGUAUUCCCGUCUCAGAUCCCACCAAGACGUGUUGAUCUGGGCUGAACGACCCGCUGUUCUGGGACUGAAGUCAGUAUUUCACAGUCUGCACACCUACGGAGGGAUUCUUGUGCCACCAUAUUGAAAGCAAAAGUCACAGUUUUGAGAUCAAAAUUUUCUAAGUUACAAAC